UCAUACCAUAUGAUUCACGAUCGGAUUUUCUCAGUGCAGACGAUCAGAUAGAAUUGCAUAACAAAACAGAGUAUUACUACAACUGGACAACAGAGAACAUCACUUCUUGGACCAACACAUCAACAGGUGUCAAAUGGAACCAUACAGCCUGGUCCUACAUGUUCUACUACCAAGAUGGUGUCAGCUGGAGCUACACAGAAUGGCUCUCUUACUUCCAGAAAGCUGAGUUCACUGACCUGCAAUGGGACUUCACUGCUUGGUACUCCUACAUGAUGCUACACUCAGAGGGAGGGUUCCAGUGCAGCUCAGAAGCCUUGAUUCAAGCAGAGAGCGCCAUCGUUUUGAACCUGUUUCAAGUAUUCACUCAACAGACAAACCAGAAACCAGAACUUUGCCUAAAUUUGAAAAACUCCAUCAAACUAGCCAAGAACAUUUCUGAUAUCUGCAACACAAUGGAAGUUGAUGCGGACAUGUAUGAAUCUUCGUCCAAAAUUUCUGUCUUGCGCUUCUCUCGAAUGAUGCACCUUGCUGAGUUUGUCACCAUGUCCAGGCUGCUUUGUGCCUCCACAAUGGAAGAUAUGAGUUUCAUAGACGGAUCUGAACUUGGACUGGGCUUUGAAAAUGUUGCAGUUGCCCAGUGCCACCUGGCAGACCUAAGGGAUUCAGUUCUGGCCAUCUUGCGACUAGAACUUAAUUGGGAGGAUUCCUCAGCUUGCAGAAGUGUAAGUCAAGCUGUAGAAGACAUCAGUCAAAAAGUGGGCUAUUGCUCCCUGGAUGUACGCUCCACUCUGUCACUGCUCAUAUCUCAAAUGAAGAACACACAGCAAACCAUUUGCACCCCACCCUCCUGCAAUGUUCACUAUGCUGGUAUGUGUUUGAUGAAUGCUGAAAGUUUCCUCCAAGAGCAUGAGACAGCUUUAAAGAAUGAAACGCUGAACAACGCCUCAAGUGUGAACAGAACUAUGUCAAGUAUUAGAUAUUCUAUUUGCAGGAGUCUGAAGUACGCCUUGGCGUGUGCCACCAACCACACCAUCGGCUGCCAGACCAGCAUCUACUCCAGCAUCAGCCCACACUUUGACCAGGUCAAGGCCAAGUUCAGCCUGAUGUGUCCAGAAAUGGUGCCAGCACAGAAGAUGUGUCUGGUUGAAAGAGAGGUCAAGGUUGAUGCUCAGCAGGUCGUCAUGGCAGUGGGCAGCAGUUUCUUGUACAAUAACUCCAUGCUUUGUCAGAUUGCUACUAUGUUCAAUGACAGUCAAGAUCAGCUGUUGUACUACUGCAAAAAUAAUGCUCCCAGAUUACAUUGCUGGUCAACUGCCUGCAGUGGUCAGACCUGCACUCAAACUGUUGAAACAUGCGCUCAGGACAAACAGGUCUGCUCUAUGACAGUGAAUGUGAGCUCACAAGGCCAGCCCCCAGCUGUAAACAAACAAAGUUGUGCCCUGCGAGAGUCCUGCCAUGGAGAACUAUCAGAGGAAGGUCGUCAGGUUUACUGUGAGUUCAACUUGUGCAACCAGCUAACUGAGGCUGGGACGGAGUUGACAUGCACAUGUGACACACAAGCAGCAGCCAAUGAAAUACUAGCUCGGGGCAGAGCAAGCAAUCUGACAGCUUUAGCCAGCUACCUGAGGGGAUGUUCCCUAGGGGACAGACAAGGAGUGUUGAACUUGACCUACAUCAACACACCCCUGGAAGAUGUUGUCCUCAACUCCCCCACCUGCGGCAAUGUCUGCCCCACCCUACAGCAGCUCAAAGCUCAGUGCCUGCAGGCUACAGGCAACUACUGUCAGCAGAGUGCUGUUGACUGUAUGAACAGGGCUGUUGUAGGCUGUAGUCCAGUAGAGCAGUCGUCCCUGCUGUAUGGCGUGAUAGAUUUGGUCUACAGCUCAGAGAACUGCAGCAAGGCUACAGCCAACUCUUAUCUCUCAGCUGCCAGCCCUAAGGUCUACAACAUCACACACGUACACCUCAUGACAUAUGAGUGUUUGACGUACAUGAAGCAAGGCUAUGAUGUGAAAAGUGUUCUUACUUGUUUCCAAGAUGUUUUACUCCACGAUUUUAGACUGGCAAAAGUGGAAUCACUCUUAGCUGACUUUGACAUGUACUUGAGUGCCAGUAGCGCAGGGUGUAAAGUAGAUACUGACCUCCUGUCAUCAAUAUUUAAAGCCUCAAUGUCAGUACUCACUGGAACCUAUGACACAAGUCUUUGCAGGAAUGUCCUCCCCCUAAUGAGCAGCUGGUACAGCAAGUGUGGCAAUGUGUCUGUAGAAAACAUGACAGCCACCUUCAGCCUGGUCUGUCAACAAGACAACCUGAUGCCAGCCUGCAACUAUAGCGCCAUCAGGUCAUGCUUCACCCAGCAGACCUACAGUAACAGCCAGUUUUUCCAAACUCUAGAAAGAUGUAUUAAAGAAGCAGCCAGCAGCUGUAAAGGGCCAGUACUGCUAGAGUUCAUCAAGCUGGUAGAGAAGCUGUCCAGAGCUCACGGCAUCAACUCCAGCAGUAACUCCAGCAUGACAGUUCCGUGUGAAUGUGAUCCUGCUGCAGCUGUCAACUGCAUCAUGGACGUACAUCACAUGGCCAAACAGCCUUUCCCAGACUGGGAGGCUCUGUGCCCACAAGUUGAGGAGAGCGAGCUGUGUGCACGCAGUCACGUGGCAGGCUGUGAGGAGUGCAAGAGGUUGACAGUGCUGGAGAUUGUCAGCAAGCUCAACUCCCAGCUGGAGGAGUCCUGCGUCCAGCCCCCGGUCACCCAGUGUCCUGCAGCCAGGGCCAUGAAGUGUGUGACAGAUCUCUCCCAACUCCAGGUCAACUCUCAGGGGCUCAGUGACAAGGCCAUCUGCAUAAAAAUCACCAUGGCCCGUGACUGUGUGUCCCAGUUGACAGAGAACUGUGAUGGCCUGACCAUCUUGUCUGUGACUGAAAGCUUGGAGCAAACCAUCAAAAAGUGGAGGACACUGGAAUGUGAAGAGCCCAAAGACCAGCUGGCCACCUGUGUGGAUGUGUUGGAAAAUAAAAUCUACUCCCUGCUGGGGUUCAGCAUAGUGGACUUGUGGGACCAGGUGGAGGCAGACAACACCUCAGUGUUGACUCGUGCUAAUGACUUGUGUCGAGAGAUUGAGAUAGCUUGGCCAUGUGUGAAUGCCACAUUAAACCUGCAGAAAGAAAAUGUUCAGGCCAAGAUUGUCAGGAGAAUGAUGGAAGCUCUCUACUCUUCUAUGACCAGGAUAUGCCAGCCCAGACAGGAGUCUCUACAGUGCUACACCUGUCAAGGCAAUGGCCAGAGGUCAUGUGAUGCCGGAGCUGGGACAGAGACCUGCAGACACAAUGAGGUGUGUGAGACUGUAGCCACUGAUGGUAAAGCUACAUCAAAAGGUUGUAAGCCAAGACAAGCUUGCAAGCAAGGAUGCUUUAAUAAAAAAUGCAACUACUGCUGUUCAGACAAUUUGUGUAAUGACAUUGAUAAUGGACCACUAGAUGGUUCAUGUAACAUGACUGGGAUGGCUGCCUGUGUUCUUGACUUGAGCACCCAGUUUGUACAAGGUGACCACAUUCAGUGCAGAUCAGCUGAUGCUGCUCUGGAAUGCAUCAAGAAGGCGCGUGUAGAAUGUGAACUUGGAGGAAUGAGAUCUCUGGUCAGCGCCAUGUCCUCGCUGAACUUGGACGCAGAGAUCAAAGUCUGCUACAUCCAGGAGGCUAAUCAGACAUGUGAUCUUGGCCCAAUCACAACCACUGCACUUUACAUCAAUACUAAUGGCUUAGAAAUGACAACAGAGGCCCUUUGCAAAGCUAUAAAUGAGAGCCGCCAACAAGCCAGCCAAGCCAAAAAGUCCUGCCCCCUAGAGACUUACAGCUUGAUAGACAACACAGCCAGGAGUCUGGAGUCUCUGGUUGGGAGCCUCAACUGUUCAGACCAAUUUGAUUUUGUUGUGGAAGACAGCUGUCGGCCACUUGAUGCAUUGACAUGUGUGCACACUGUAUUUGGUACAGACAACAUCACAGUUAUAAGCAGAGCUACCUGUCUUGAGUUUAAUGAGACGGUGUCAUGCAUGAGACAAGCGGUCAAAGGCUGCACAUCAGCGUGUCAACUGGUCAGGGUAGAAAGUCAGCUAAAAUGGCUGCAGGAUCUCCUCCCUGAUGUUUGUCAGCCUAAUGUCAGUCUUGUCAAUCAAACCCUCCCUCAACAAGAAAUUGCCAGCUGCUUGAGAAGGUUUACAGAAAACCUCCAGCAAAACCUCCAGCAAAACCUCCUGCCAGACCUGAAGAAUGCCAGUGAGGAGCUGCAGCUGUGUUUCCUGCAGUAUGACACAGACGUCCUGUUAAACGGGACGGCAGCAGGCAACAAUGUCAUCGCUGUCAUCACUGAGAUCAUACAGACAAUCAUAACAAUCCAAAUAAACAUCAGCAUUGAGGUGACCACCAGCUGUGCCUCUAGCCUUGCCACUGUUAUAGUCCAGCAUGGAGUUCAGGGAUUCACCCUGCCAUUUUUAUCUCUGACACAGCGCCACCUAGCCUGCAGUGCCAUAGACGAGGCUGCAGCACUGAGUGCACUCAAUGAGAAGUGUGACCUCCAUCUGAUUGCUGGACACCUGGAAAUGCUGGACACCCUCAGAGACAAGUUCCUGAUUGGUUAUUGUCCAGAGAUCCAGCCAAUCCCCAGAUGUCUGAUCAGCCAAGCUGUGGACUGUCUCUCCAGAUUCUCUUCAUUCUUUGGCCCUGGCUCUGGCUCUGGACUGUGUCUGGAAGCUCGUACCUUUGUAGAGUGUGCUGUUACGUACACCCAGUCCUGCCCAUAUGAUGAUGUCAUCUCAUUUCGCCGAGCCUCCCUGGAUGCAGUAGACAUCAUAUCGCAGGCCUGUGCUGAUGAUGUACAGCUGGUCACUCGCGUACGCUGCUCACUAUUGGGCCGCAUAGAUGUCCAACCAGGCUGCAGUGUUGACCAAUUGGGUCGCUGCUUGACCUUACCAGCAAGCUGUAGUCAAUCUGAAGAGCGUGCUGCCUGUAUAGUAGAACACGGAGGUUCAUGUUUAAGCAGCGUUACCCAGAUCAACUUAUCAAAUGAGACGUUUGAGAUCUCCAGAUGUCGCUACGGUGGGGACAGGCCAGUCAGCCUGAGCAGCUCCUGCGGGGAGACGCCCUACACCUGCAACCAUGUCAAGGCCAGGCAGUGUUUGCUUGACCUCCUGGCUAACAGGUCAUCAGGUGGACAGCUACUGGACACAAACUUAAAAUCAGCGCAGCGAUGUCUAGAAGAGAACUACUACUGCUUUGAGCCAGUGCUGAGCCUGGUGUACAACAACAUGAGUCUGCUAGCCCAGCUAACCACACACAUACUGACCAUCACUCCAGGCUGGACACAGCUAGAGAGUCAGAGGCUGAUACACAUCAUGACUCUACCCAGCAACAUCAUCUUCCUCUUACAGCAGGAUCUCUCUGUCUCUCUGUACCUGUGGGACACUUGCAUGAGACUGGACAACGUCCAAACCUUCUUAAAUCAGCUGCAAGAAAAAUAUCAAGUCAAUUUCUACCCUGCUACAGCCCGGUCGUUUGAGAGCCUUCAAAAUGUCAUUCUUGCACUUUGUGACAAUCUAGGGCAAGUGUCACAAGAACUACAACUUCCAGCCAAUGGGCUAGAGGAUGAUGGCUGUCCAGCUCUGGAGGUCAAGGUCACACUAAACCUGCUGUUGUCCAGCGCCAUCUCCAGUUUCUCUGUUCCCAAACCUGACCAGUCUGUCUGCAGGCAGUACAAUGAUCUAAAGGCAAGGCUAGAAUCAAGUGUCAUGGCUCACUGUUCCUCUGGGUUCCUCACCCAACUCCAGUUUGGUCUGAAGGCAGCAUUGAUGCUCGUGGGCAGCGGUUGUGGAGACCUGGAGCUCCCACAGAAGAGGUGUGACCUUCAGAAGGUCAACUCCUGCAUCACGACCUUGUACAACAACCUUUUGUUGCUAGGCAGAAGUCAAACUGUCCCAGGAUUAUGUCAACUUUUGAGAGAGACCAACGAGUGUGUGGAUAACUUCAGCUACAAGUGUGACCGGUGCAGCCUGUCUAGACUGAGUGCCCAGUACUCAUCAGUCAAGCGCUCAGUGGAGGCCAAGUGUAAUGUGGACACAAGUCCCGUGGUCUGUCAGACAGAAAAUGAUGACCUCACCAGCUGCCAGAUCAGUAAGGCCGUCAAGUGUGCAGUCAGUCAAGUUAAGGACACGGCCAAUCCUUUCAAAUCUAGGGAAGCCAAGUGCAGAUCACUGAGUGAAAACCUGGACUGUGUCCACAAGUACACUGGCAGCUGCAAGGGCCACAUUCCCAAGUUAGGUUUGCUGGACCAGCUGGUGGUGGAGAAACUCCAGAACAGGCUGGGCUGUCGGACUGACCCAGAGCCCAGCGCUCCAUUUGGCUGCAGACCUGGCUGUUGGGUCAACAAGGCUCAGCAGUGCCUGGCUACUUUCUCUUCCAGUGUGGCAGACAAUGUGUUUGUUAGCAGGAGCACGUGUCAGUCUAUUAAUAGCCUGAAGUUGUGUGUAUCAGAGAAUACCAAAGCCUGCAGCAGUGAUGAAGCUGGUCUGAUUGUUGAGAGACUCAGGACUACGCUGGCCAAGUUCACAGACUAUGAAACUGUUUGCACAGACGUCUUGAGAUGUGCCCAAGAUUUUGACAGCAUUGUUCGCCAAAUUAAUGACCUUGAACCAGAGGAUGAUUCAGUGGACACAUCCAGUAAAUUAAGUUCCAAAGAAAGGAAAAGGAAUUCCAAAGAAUCAGUAGACACAGACACAGAGGAUGGUGAAGAGAGCGCAGCAAGCAGUGCAGCAAGCAGUCCUAACCUCAACACCCUGUGUGUCAGGGCCAGUCAAGCGUGGGCCUGUGUUGACAGAAGUCUAGACAUCAUCCCAGCAGAGAAGAGGAAAAUCCUGAGGCCAAUAUACGAGGCAGUCUGGGGGGCAGUGCAGGCCAGAUGCAGCGACACAAGGGACCUUUCAUGCUACUUCUGUAAGAAUGGUGGUAGCCCAGCUGAAUGUAAGCUUCAAACAGAGACGUGCCCCACCAACAAAAGGAUGUGCAUGUUUAGACAAACCCUGACUGGCAAUAGCAUCAAAUACAAAGCUGGAUGCACUAACCCCAACGCCUGUAGAAACAGUGGAGCUGCCAGCGUACGCACAUAUUGCUGUGCUGAUGAGCUGUGUAACACAAGGGAGAACUCCAGCCUAACCCAUACUGAAGAUCCAGACACCUGUCAGCUGGAAUACUCGCAGGCUUGUGCCCUGGACUUUCUCAUUCUGUCCCUCAAGUCAGACAACAUUAGCUGCAGAGAUGCAACCUACAAUCUAGGCUGUGUACAAAAAUAUGCUGCAUCAUGUUCCAAUGGUCAAGCACUUAUGGAAGCAUCCAAGGGAGCCUACUUUGCCCUAGCAACAAGCAGCUGUGUUAUAGACGCAGGUGUUGAUAGCUGCAGGUCGCUGGCUCUGGACUCCAUCCAGACUUUGUUGUCUUACUCCUACACCAGCCAGGGCCUUGCCAUUUGCAAGGCCCUAAAGACCAUGAACAGGAGUGUGAGUGAGCUACUGGUCUCAGGACGAUGCUCCCAAGCUGGUCAGAUAGCAGUCCAACAGUCCCAAGACUUUAUCCAGAGCAUUGGAGCAACUUACUGCAGCAGAGAUCACUGUCUGGCUGCUGGAACCAGAGUGGAACCACCUGAAGAACCUCAGUGCUCCGGGCACAUCUUUGAGGGCAUAAAGGGCAUUUAUAGGGCAUUUGAUGAGAUGACCAAGGAUGACAAGACCAGAAACUGUGGCUCCUGUGCAGCCCAGGCCAUUCAAGCUCGCCAGAAACUCAACAACUGCAACGUGCACCAGUUUGUUACAGACAAGUUGAGCAGGCUUGACCUUGACCUUCAAAACAAGUGUAAUGCCACCCUGCAGCCCCACAUAGAAAAUAACUGUAGCGGAUCCUGUAAAACUGAUGUUGUGAUGAACUUUGUGGAUAAAGUCUUCAGUGGGAUCAAAACUAUCCAGACCUUGACUUGCUGGUACAUGAAAGAGGUGGAGCUGUACUACAAGAGCUACACCAGUGGCUGCAGCUCAGCACAACAAAAAGACCUCAGCAACUACAUCAUCUUCAAGCUGUCCCAGAGCAUUGAGUCAUGUCAGGCAGAGAGCAGCAGCUUUGUCUUUAGCAUUGAGCUCAAGAAGGACAUCUACUUCUCUGCCAUGUCCACCCAGCUGGACUUCCAGGCUCAGGUCCAGCAAGGUUUCCUAGAGGAUGACCAGAAUAAAACCUGCGCUGCCGUCAGGGGACUGAAAGCCUAUGUGCUGAGCCUGCCCAGCCAGCUUGAAGCCUACAUCAGGGAACCUGUCAACAGUGUCCUGUUGCAGGUGGAAGCAGCAGGCAUCUGUCAGGAAAUUGGUAAUGGUAAUGAGCGCAAGAGAAGAGAAAGCAACUCCACCUGUGACUUGAAGCGUCUGGCUGCGCUGAUCUAUCAGAUGAGUAUCCCCCCACUCAUCUCUAUUGCUCCAUUGGACAGUCGAGAGAAAAUAUGCAGAACAAUCAAAGAGAUCCAGAAUGAGGCUGGGUCACUUGUGGCCAGCUGUGGCAGCUCACUGUCCAAGUUCCAGCUGAGCUUGUACACUGCCCUCAACACCAACAUCAACAGUCAGAACAGCAGGCUCUGUCCAGUGCUGCAUUAUGAGGAGGACACUUGUAACCUAACACUGGUGAGCCAGUGUAGGAAAGAUUUCCAGUCCCUGACGCUUUAUUCUUCCAUCCAGUCAGAAACUUUAUGCAGCCAAGCCAAGUUUGUCUUGGAGUGCACAUCACGUUUCUCUAAAAACUGCACUGGACCAGUCCUAAAUGACGCACAGAAGAUUGAGACAGAGACCAGAAUUGUUAUCAGAAAUAUCGUGGGCAACAGCUGUCCUGCGCUUACAUUAGCACUCUACUGCAACAAGUCAGUGACAAGCCUAGACGAAGCCUGCCAGCUAGACCAAGCCAAGCAAUGUGCAGCUGCUUCUGUUUUUGACUUCACCAAAGUAGAUACGCCAGGUUUUUGCCAGAAUUUACAAGCCAAUGUGGCAUGUGUACAAAGCUCAAUGAGUGGGUGUCCAGCAGAUCAGAUGGGUGCCCUGAACUGGUCAGCUACUAAAGUGGUCAAUGGCCUGUGCAACAUCCAAGACGCCACACUCAACAAUGUCUGUGUGUCUGUGCCAGUCUGCUCAACUAAAUCCAUCACAGACUGUUUCUUUGGACAGCAGACCAACAGCUGCUCAGGUUUACAGAAAGCAGUGAAUUGUAUGCAGCUGUAUUUGAGCACCAAUACACAAUGCUCCCAGUCUGUAGGGGCCUUUAUGGCGCGCCACUUUGUAUCCAGAUACUUCAAGAAGCUCUGCACUGACUGCAAGCUGACCAUCAAUGUCACCCUACCGGAACUUUCCUCUGUCCAAGCACUACUUAACGUGUUCACUAAUGUCCAGAAGAUUUUCACUGUCCAGCAAGGCUCCGGUCAAGAAAUAUUGGAUUAUAUAUUCUAUACGUUGAAAAUGAACAUCAGCACAAUUGAAAGUAGUCCAGUCUACAGCAUGAUCACAGAUGUCUUGGUGACUGUCAGCGCUGGAAGUAAGACUCCAACUCUGCAAUACAACAGUUCAGAUGCUGUCUUGAUUGAUACAGACACAUGCGUCUACACAAGAGCUCAAGCCUGUCUGUCUAGACAAUUGUUUAGAACUAUUUUUGUCAAACUUUUAACACCAGCAGAGAAAAGUGAAUUUUGCGAUUCACUGAGCAAGAACGAGGUGAAAACCUGCAUUGAUCAGGCCAUGAGCGGCUGCCCUGGUGCCAGAGACUGGUACCUGUCAAUCAGCUCGUCCACAGCCAACAUCAUCACAGACCUGGGUGUGUGUGGGGCUCCACAGUUGUGUAUUCCAUCCCAGGCUUUUGCCAGUGUCAGCACUUUAGUCACACUUCUUGCCAAUUUUGAUCAAGACAAUAACACCGAGGCACUUUGCAAUGGCAGACUGCAGGCCAAAGAACAGCUGGACACGUUCCUGUUUAAGUGCUCUCAAGAUGAAGCCAAGACAGCCAGAGAAGCUUUCCAGAAAUCCUUCUCCAAGGCCGAUGUUGCAUGUCAAGAUUUUGUCCUGCCACCACCACCCAUCUGCCCCCAGAUCCCACAGAGUAGUAGAGUGUGUAUGCUCAGCAACGCAGUGAAAAGUUUGCUGCACUUCAGUAGCCAGAUACUGCACACAGGGGACUCACUCAUCUGGCGCCAACAGUGCUUGAAUAUCCAGUCCAUGAUGGUCAGUGUGGCAACCAAUACGACCUCGUGUGACCCUGAAGACGAGGGCAUCAAAGCCAUUCUAGAGUCUCUAGAAGAACUGCGCUCUGUGGCUAGUGACCAGUGUCCAUGGCUGACAGCAGACAUGUGUAGUACAGAACAGCCCUGCGCUGUAGCAACAGCUGGCUGUGAGGUGGUUCUAGAACAAGGCUUGAUCAACAGGGAGAGAACAGUCUGCCAACUUAAGGCUGAUGCGGACGCCUGUGUAGACAAGUACACAGCCACAUGCACACAGGCUCAGAAGCUGCAAGCCCAGUCCAUCAUGGCCAAGAAGCUGCAAGCCGUGGGGUACCUAACAGACCUGACGUGUGACAAUGGCAGUUUGGGUGGCUGUCUGUACGACAUGCUGGCGCAGGCAAGAAACAUUUACAUGAAGAGCAGGACCAGUGAGAGCUGCCCCAGCCUCAGCUCACACUACACCUGUGUCAUCAACACCUAUUCCAAUCCAAACAAUUCUUCAUACCUUGAGCUGGCCAAAAACCUGACCGUUGACCUUUUUAAAGUCAUUAAUACAUCCUACUGUUCAGCCUUACAAGCAAACAGCUGCAGCGUACAAAUCAGGAAGCUGACUACAUUCAUCACCCAGCUAUUUUUGAACAAAGAUUUCCAGGAGACAUCUUUCUGCACGCAAAGCUUAGCCCUUGUGACAGAUAGCUUGGACACAGAUUGCAGUAGUACAGCUUAUGACAUCAUCAAACAAUCCAAGGUGUUCAAACAAAAAUGUACAACUGAGGUACCAGCUUGUGAAGCUGCUGAAACUAAGAUCAAAGACUGCAUCAGUUCUAUAGGGCAGACUACAUCUUGUCAAGAUUUACAGAAAGCUGCUCUAUGUGUUACCUCCAACCUACCUGCCCAAUGUCCUUAUAAGGAAACCUGGCUUGGUGCAACCUCACAGUGCUCAAACUUGGUGGUUUUACAGGCUACAGGGGAGCAGGGCCGACCAAUGUUUGUGUCUGAGGCUGGUCUGAAGGCAACAGUCAGAUGGAGGUGGCUAGCAGGCAGUAGAAACUUCAGGAUUAGCUUGACGGCCAGAGCUGCCAAUGCUAGUGCCCUGCCAAGCUGCCUGCAGGGCUCCCAGGUGAGUCAGCCCAUCCCCCAGGUGUACUGUGAUAAGGUGAUCAAGAGCCUGGAGAAUGACAGCACUGAGAUCAACUUCACCAUCUGGGCCACACAGGACUACAGGAUGGACGGUGUUCAGACUGUCCUGGUCAACUUCACUGUCAUCCCAUACCAGCUGGAGGCCAACACCACUACAGGCACAGUUCAUGAGAGGGACCUGACAGCUGAACUAUUUCAACUGCCAAUGUCUAGGAUUGAAGUUGAUGACAGAGAUGAAAAGAAAUCUGUGUGCUCAUCCAUCAAUGACCCCCACUUGACAACAUUUGAUCAGCUGACCUACAACACCAUCAGACCUGGAGUCUACAUCCUCUACAGACACUCAGAACUUCCAGUUGCUGUGCUAGUUAGAUUCAAGCAAUGUGCAGCCUAUGGCACGUGCAACUGUGCAGUCACUGUCUACGCAGGUUACAACAAACUCACCCUCAGCACCUGCAAUAAAAACGAUUCCUUCAUCUCCUUCACACCUGGCUCCACCGCACAAACUUUGGACCAGCUUCAGAUGAGGAUAUUUAGUCAGCCAGACCUACAGACUUACUACGUGUAUUUGGUUCUGACUAAAGUUAUAGUUAAGGUUACUGUUGAGGGAAGCUACUUGAAUGUUUGGGUUACUCCUUCUGCUGAGAAUUUUGGACUUACACAAGGUUUAUGUGGCGUGUUUGAUGGGGACAGAUACAAUGACCUGGAGAAACCUGAUGGAACUAUUUACAAAGUCUCUGAGAGUGACAAUCAAUACAGCGUUUUAACACCUGACUCCUUCAGUGAGCUAUGGAAGGUGAACAGUGAGAGCCUUGAGAAUAUUUACUCUCCUGGAGUCAAGAUCUCAAACAGUUCAGUUCAAAGUUAUUGUUCCGCAUGGGUGAACACAAACAGUACAGUGACAAGUUGUGGUGUUCUAGAACCUUCAGCAUUUUGUGGUGUUAUAAGUGGUGAGGAUCUAAGUCCCAAGUUGCUGGAACUGGCCAAACAAGUUCAAAGUUCAGAGGGUAAGAGAAGGAAGAAGAGAGCUGUACCAGUUGACCUGAGUUCAUCAGACAACACAACAAUCAGGGAAUCGGGUUGGCCUACACCCAGUGGUUGGACCUUAGAUAAAGCAACAGAUUUUUGUCUGGACAAUUUAUUCAACCAACCCCUGCAGGCCUGUAAGGAAGCAAUUCUUUCACUGGACAACACAUUGAGUGCCUUAAACCUGGAGGAUCCAGUCAAAAUCUGCAUCGAUGACAUACGGCUGUCAGACAGCACAGAUUGGUUUGUGGGAUCUCAGAACUUUGCCACCCAGCUGUGCAUCCAGGAGUUGAACCACAACCCCCUGUACCAGAGAAACAAAACUUCCAGCGACCUUGCCAUUGCCUUCAUGGACUUGACCUGUGUGCCCUUUAAUUGUAGCGGCCAUGGAAAAUGUAGCCGAGGUCAGUGUAUGUGUGACAGUGAGUAUGUGGGGAGUGGCUGUGAGCUGCCCAUCAGUCAGCUGGGUGUCCCCACACUUAUUGACCCACACGAAGGGUUUGAGAUGUGUGAAAUUGGAGACCACUCAGAGUGCGCGACCGUGUUUCUGCUGGGCAAAAAUUUUGUCAACUCCCAUCUUCUGACUUGUCACAUUAAGGAGGCUGAUUUCACUGAACAUGGGCUGGAAUCUUCUAGUAAAACCAGCACAGUACGAGGUGAGCUGCUGGGUACUAAUGUGGUCAGGUGUGAUCUAGGCAUCAAAAGUAGCAUCAAGAGGGCCUUGAUGAUUUCUGUCAGCAAUGAUGGGCUGCACCCAGACACCAACUAUCAACUGUUUCUGGCCUACGACCCAGCCUGUUAUUCCUGCGACUUUUAUUCAUGUAUCAAAAAUAAUGAUGUCUGUUUUAUUGGCACCAAAUGUAUGCCGCAAGGAGAGACGUCUAUUUACAAUGAAUGUCAGUAUUGUGACCUCAAGACUCCAUACAAGUGGUCCAUCAAAACAGAGAUGGAAGGCUGUAAAGAUGAAGCUCCAGCAGAUGACGCCAGUGACGGCAUGUCAGUGACAACCACAGCUCUUAUUGCCAGUGGCAUCACCUUGUUAGGUCUGCUCAUCCUCUUGGUCAUUGGACUCUUUGUCUAUGUCAAAAGACGUGAAGCAUUCAGGAGACGUCAGAGUCAGGGGAUGAUGCAUCACCAUGACAACCAAGCUUAUCAAGACAACCCACCCUUCUAUGGUCAACCAAUUUUAGCACAUGACACUAAACAAGGCUUGAGCAACAAUUUCCUCACAAGCAACCAAUCAGGUGCAGCCUAAUGACCAUGUGACUUACAAGUUAACCAUUUGUCUUGAAGUUUACAUAGAUUAGAAGCUAAUUAAAAUAGUUUUCUCCUUUAAGAUUUACAUUUUCUUUCUGUAGUUACUUCUAUUUUCACUACCCCAGCAAAAAACAAUAAAUUUGCUUAAGUUAAUAGAUCUAAGUUUUUUAAAACAUGUCAACUAUUCUUUAGUGUUGUUACAAAACUUAAGGCUCCAAUGGGACAGAGAACUGUUUAGAACAUUGCCUUAUAAAAUAAUGAUGGAAAAGAAGUGUUGACAGUUUCAUGCUUUCUAGUAGAUCUAAAUAGUAUACAUUUUCCCAUGCCACUAGUGCCUUUCUUAAUUUUAUAAAUUUUGUUGUGACUUCUUGAUUUCUAAUUUUUACAUGAUUCUCUGCCUUGUGAUAUCUAAAUUUUAAAAAAUGUUUUUCUGCUGUUUUAGAUCUAAUACCUUUUUGCACACCCUUGUUGAAAUAAAAUGUUGCAUCACUUA